AUGCCCCGCGUCGACGCUCCCGUCACCGCGCAGCAGGCCGCUGCGGCCUACACCCCCCCUUACCAGGCCGUCUUCACCCCCUAUGCCACCCCCAGCAUCUACGGCUCCCCCACUGCUGCUCGUGACUUUGCCUCUUACCGCUAUGCAUACCUGCUGUGGUGCAUUAUCGGCUUGAUUGCGAUCCUCUACGCCGUGUCGCACCACCUGCGCCUGUCUGGCGGCUCGCUCGGCGCAGCGUACAACAAGUGGGGUAUGCGCCGUCACACCAUGUUCCGCCAGUCGACGCUCCCGAGCAACAGCACGAUGCUCGUCGCCUUCAUUGUUGCGGCGUCUGCGAUCGUCCUCUGCAUCGCUGGUAACGACUACAUCACGCCCCUCUCGGCUGUGUGGGACUUCCGCUCCUCGAAGCGCGACAUUAUCCCCGGCGCCCCGAUCGGCAACAUUGCAAAGUCGUUCUGGACGAGCGGCAGCCGCUUCGGCUACAUGGCGUUUGCGCUGUUCCCGCUCGUCGUGCUGCUCGCGCUCAAGUCGGCGCCGUUCGCCAUUUUCUCGAUCCGCCCGUUCACGCACCUCCACGCCGACAAGCUGAUGCCGUUCCACCGCAUGGCUGGCUACUUUGUCUGGCUCAUUACGACGGUGCACGUCGUGCUCUGGACGGUCCAGCUCUUCCAGGACAGCUACAAGGGUCAGCCCGUCUGGGUCGCCGCUUGGACCAACUACCACUUUAUUUUCGGCGUCGUCGCUUACGCCCUCAUGACCGCCAUGGUCGUGAUGAGCGUCCGGCCAGUGCGCAAGACCAAGUUUGAGGUGUUUUACGCGUCCCACACGCUCCUCGGCGUCGCGCUCCUCAUCACGUCUAUUCUGCACCACACGGUCAUCUGGUGGUGGUGCGCCAUUGCGCUCGGGCUCUGGGCCGGCGAUAGGAUCACCCGUUGGAUCCGCUACCUGCGCAUCAACAGCGGUGCCUCGUCCAAGGCUGAUCCUCGCGGCGGUCAGGCUUACCAGGGUGUCGCGACCGACAACAUUGCCCUCGAGGAGUUCCACGACAAGAUGGUCAAGGACCCCUUCGAGACCAAUUACGACCACUCUGCUCAGCCCGAGAUUCGCCCCGUCGGUGCGUACGAGUCCCGCUACCACGAUGCUACGCCCCCGCCCGGCUCGCCUUCGUAUGACCAGCUCUCGAACCCCUACGACUCGCCCCGCUCGGUGUCGUCGCCCCGUGUCCCACCCAAGGACAGCGACGAGCAGACCCUCACCUCUUACCACCAGAACCGCGUUUCCGACAUCACGCCCGAGUCGCCCCCGAUUGAGCCCGGUUUCGCUCAGGCGCAGCUCCUGCCGUCGCGCACCGUCCGCCUCACGAUCCGCCCCCCGCACAAGAUUCGCUGGUCGCCGGGCCAGUACGUGUUCCUGACGCUGCCCGAGCUCUCUGGUAUCCAGUCGCACCCGUUCACGAUUGCCAACAAUGACCCGAACGAGAUCGUGCUCCUGAUCAAGGCGCGCCGCGGUAUCACCCGCCGCCUGUACAACCUCGUCAAGGACCGCAGCGAGUCGAGCCUGCGCUCGGCCGACAAGCGCCAGUCGAUUGUGCCCAAGGCGAACCCGGUCUACAUUCGCACCAAGCUCGAGGGCCCGCACGGCUCUUCCGGUCGCGUGCGCUGGGGCGAGUUCUCGACGGUCCUGAUCAUCUGUGGUGGCUCGGGCGUCAGCUACGGAUUGAGCAUUGUCGACCAUAUUGCGCGCAGCAUGGCCAACUUUGAGCAGGACCACGAGACCCGCCGCGUUCGCUUCGUCUGGGUUGCGCGCGAGUACGCCGAGCUUGCGUGGGCUGCCUCUGCGCUCUGCCGUGCCCGUCGUCUCCUCGGACCUGAGAGCCUGCAGGUGCCCAAGGCGCCGUUUGCCGGAUUGCAGCGCAACGCCUCGUCCGAGUCGCUCGCCUCGCAGCUGAGUACGGACCCGCGCUCCGAGUUUGACCACAUUGACGCGGAGAUGGAGGCGACCGAUGCCAACAUCCGUGACCUGACCCAGUUCGACUCGGAGGAUGAUGUGCACGACCAUGCGCAGAACGACUUCUCGCGCCACAUCCAGAAAGAGGGCAAGCUGCGUCGUGCCAAGACCCGCCGUGCCAUGAAGGCUCGCGAGUCGAUCGGCAGCGGCUACAACGGCUUUGCGGUGCACCAUGGCGAGCACGCUGGUUACGACCAGGGCUACGACAUGUCUCAGAUGCGCGCGGCGCCCCCCGGUGGCGCUGGCGGUGAUGACGACCUCGGCCUGUACCCUCCCCAGCCGCUUGCGAGCCCGAUCCGCGCCAACAGCCCGUACUGGCUCUCCUUCGGCUUCUCCUCGCCCCGACGACGGCUGGCAGCCCAGCUGGCGCCACCAGCGCGGCAUGUCCACCGCGAGGACGCGGGACUUCUCGGCGACAACCGCCAGACUGUCAUGUCGGGCACGUCCUCGUUCUACGGCGACCCCUACAUUCCCUCUGGCCUGGGCCGCGGACCCUCCCCCGCGCCCUCCUUCAUCAUGGACGAUGGCGACACGCAGCGCUUUACUGUGGCGAGCAUGUCGCGCACGCAGUCCAUGGUGCUGCUCGAGGACACUGGUCCCGAGUUUUCGUCCGCGGGCGGCUCGCUCUGGAUCGAUGAGGCCGACUACGCGGCGACCUCGAUUCUGUCCGAGAGCGCGCGCGGCGGCCGUCCCAAGCUCGCGACCCUGCUCGAGGAGGAGCUCGACAAGGCCCAGGGCGCCAUGGUCGUGACGACGUGCGGGCCUAGCAAGCUCAACACGGUCGUCAGCAACCUCGUCUCGCGCGCGAUCAAGCCUGGCCGUAUCCGCCAGGGCGACAGGCGCGGGCACGUCGUGUUCUACUCGGAGGACUUUGAGAGCUAG